UCUAAUUUUACCACAUAUAUAUAUUUUGGUGCGAUUCUUCUUUUCCCCUAUUGUUUUCUCAGCAUUUGCUGUAAAAUCGUCGAAAAUAGGACAAAAAUUUCUGCUCCUUCUCGCCAUUUGCAGCGAAAUCGUCGAAAGGAAUUAUCUCGCUGUAGAUUUGUUCAACAACAAUUUUAUUUUCCGUAUCAUGUGUGAAUAAUCUAAUUUUGCCAUUUAUAUCUAUUUUUUUUUGUGUUGGGAUUCUUCUUGCCCCUAUUUUUUUUCUCAACAUUUGCUGUAUUUCUUUUCCAUGAGAGAAGAGUUUUGUUUAUAGUAUUGCCAUUUGCCUAUUCAUUUCAUGAAUGCAAUAUUUGUAGCACAUCGCUUGAACAAAUCCGAUUAGUUUCUUGAGUAUUUCCCUUUAAUUUAAUUGUUAUAUGUGGUGCUAAUAUUCUGUUUCCCCAUGAUGAUUAGCAUUUUCAAUAAUUUGAAUCAGUUCUAAUCUCUCUUUAUUGUUCUACUGAAAAUAAUAAUAAUAAUUGCACUAAAUAAAUGAGAACCACAGCCUAAUUUGUCAUGUUUGCUGCUCUUGUGUGGCCUUCCUCAUCAUGAAUGAAAUGCUACCUUGCAAGUUGAAGACUGUGUUAUUGCUAUUGAGCAAGUGUCCUAUAAAGGUCCCCUGUUGUUAAAGGCCUACUCUUAAUUGUCCAUGUUGAUGAGGUCCCAUGAAAAGCACAGUUCCAAGUGUACCAUUACAAUCAUGCUUGCUCAAUUAUGACCACUGUUCUAUCGAAACAUUAUUCGAGUGGUAAAAUUGGAUUCAUGAGGCCCAGCAGGAGCAUUUUGAAAGAAAAGGAGGCCAAAUCUCGACUAAAACAUAAUUCUAAAGGGAAUGCUGAAAGAUGUGCUUGACUGUAGGGGAAUUUUGGUCUGACAAAAAUGCUUUUGUUGAUUCAUCUGAACUGUGUGUGUUCAUCCUAGAUGAUAUUGGACAGCAAAACAACAUCCACCAUGUUCUCCACACAAGAUUUUACAAUGGAGUUGGAAAUAUUCAAGAAGCCGUCGUAGUAGACCAUGACCUUGAGAAGACGGUUGAGAUAAACUGCAGUGAAUAUCCCCUUGUCUGCAAAGUAUCCUUGCUCUAGGGGGAGGAAAUCUUACUGCUUUAGAUUAUUUGUGUUUUCAUAAGAUGGAAUUAGAAAACAAAGGAAAUGUGUUGAUGCACAAGUACGAGGUUGGAAGAAUGUUAGGGAAAGGUACUUUUGCCAAGGUUUACUAUGCGAGGGACUUGAAGUCUUCCCAGAGUGUUGCAAUAAAGGUGAUUGACAAAGAGAAGGUGUUUAAGGUUGGACUUAAUGAUCAGAUUAAACGAGAGAUAUCAGUGAUGAGAUUGGUGAAGCAUCCAAACAUCGUAGAGCUUUACGAGGUCAUGGCCACCAAAUCUAAGAUAUACUUUGUUCUGGAGUAUGUCAAAGGUGGUGAGCUGUUCAACAAAGUCGCCAAGGGCAAACUUAAAGAAGAUGUCGCCCGUAAGUAUUUUCAGCAGCUGAUCAGUGCCGUGGAUUUCUGCCAUGGCAGAGGUGUCUACCACCGCGAUCUGAAACCAGAGAACCUUCUGCUUGAUGAGAAUGAGAAUUUGAAGAUUUCAGAUUUUGGGUUGAGUGCUCUUGCAGAGUCAAGGAGACAGGAUGGUUUACUUCAUACAACUUGCGGUACUCCUGCUUAUGUUGCUCCUGAGGUGAUCAGUAGAAAAGGAUAUGAUGGAGCAAAAGCUGACAUAUGGUCUUGCGGGGUGAUUUUGUUUGUUCUUAUGGCUGGUUAUCUCCCAUUUCAUGAUCCAAAUCUCAUCGAAUUGUAUCGGAAAAUUACAAAGGCAGAUUUCAAAUGUCCCAAUUGGUUUCCCUUGGAAGUUAGGAGACUGCUUGCAAGAAUUCUUGACCCGAAUCCUAUUACACGGAUAACAAUUCCAAAGAUUAUGGAGAAUCCUUGGUUUAGAAAGGGAAACAAUGGAGGAUCAAACGGGAACGACAAAGAAAUGCAAGAGACUGAUCGAGACAAGAUCAAUGAAGUUUCAGAUUCCCAGAGUAUCAACAUGAUUGAGGAGAGGCCAGAGGUUGGGAAGUUGACGAACCUAAAUGCUUUCGACCUUAUCUCUCUUUCAGAUGGAUUCGAUCUUUCUGGCAUGUUUGAGGAGACUGUCCAUAAGAAGGAAGCAAGAUUCAUAUCCCACCAUUCUGCAUCUACCAUCAUCGCAAAAUUGGAGGAUAUCGCAAGAUUCUUGAAGCUAAAAGUGAAGAAGAAAGAUAACGGGACGCUGAAAAUGGAAGGAACCAGGGUAGGAAAAAAAGGAGUGUUAGCCAUUGACGCAGAGAUCUUCGAGGUCACACCCCUCUUUCAUCUGGUGGAGAUGAAGAAGACAAACGGAGAUACCUUGGAGUACCAAAAGCUGUGGAAGCAGGACAUCAGACCGGCUCUUAAGGACAUCGUAUGGGCAUGGCAAGGAGAGCAUCAGCAACAAUAGUCUUCGCCGUAUAUGAUGAAUACGUCUCGAGGAGUCGAAAGAUCUUGUUGGUGAUCCAUUGCUGUUAGGGGAUUGUGGGGACAGAUGAAGCUAUUUUAUGAGGUGUUUCUGAGUACUGAGUACCAACUCAACUAAUGAAUGAUUUACAUACUUCAUAUUUGGAUUUAAUUUAACGAGGACUACUGCACUGUUGUGUUGUUUCUUUCGAGUAAAGUUCUAAGAAGAAUAAUUGGUCAAUGUCUCUCUCUCACAAUUAUGGUAGAAUGAAUGAUUGUGUAUUAAGCAA